CAUUCUUCCAUCAUCAUUAAAGAACUCAAUGAGGAAAAUUCUAGAGUCCACGUACUUCAAGAACAUUUUAUUUUUACUGUCGUUGAACACGACAGCGAUUGGAAAAACUAAAUUUCCCUGAAAUACAACAAUCGUCAGUAGAACUCCACCACUAGUAGUAGUAUGUCAAGAAUUUUUUUCUCUGAUUUCUCAUUGGCGCAUUAUAUUUCUUGAUAAAGCUACGACAUGUUAGUGAAAUUAGAAUGCCUGAUCAUCAUGAUUAUUGUCGUACCAGUGCUGGCAAAUAUCCGCAAGCGUGCGGAAUUUCAUAACUCUGAUGUCAUUACAACGGCCAUGAAAAGUAUUAUCCAAUCAUGCUAUAAAAAUGACACUCGCUCGAACCCAAUGGUCAUUCUUGGUGAUUUCGAUGGAGACAUCUUACUGUCACUGAUUGACUCAGUUGUCAUUCCAAUCAUAAGAAUCGACAGCAACCCUGAGUAUAUUUUUGACGAUAAUAUCGAUGGGCUAUACAAUUUUCAACCUGAUUUUAUCUUAAUAAUCGUGGAGAAUUCGACACUCCAACUGGAGAACGAUCUCCAACUACUGCAAGAGAUAAAUCUAUGGAAUCACAUGGCUGUGUAUUACAUUUUGGAAAUCUCAUCGAGCUUCUGCAAAGAUGCUUUAGAGAGUUUACUGAUGACUUGGAGAAUGCAUAUUCCACAGUCGUCCUACAUUUGUUUGAAUUCAGAGCAAGCGAUUGUGCUGUAUACGCUCAAUCCAAUAACGAAUUAUGCACCUAUGCCCUGGCAGGCAAUCACCAGUGCGGAUAAUUUCAAUUCCAGUGACCAUUGGACCCUCUACAGUCAAUUACUCAAUACAAACGACAUUGCUUGUGACAGCCUGACCUUCGACAGAAUGAAGCACUUGAAUGGCUACGAAAUAAAGGCCUUAACAGCACCAAAAAAUAACGUGCCAUUCGUUCCCGGUAAAAAUUACAAGGAAAAAGGCUAUAAAAUGCUAGAAUUUUUCGGCAAAGAGGUUUUCAAUACCAUAAUAACACGAUUGAAUGCAACACUUGUCCUUCAAAUUGAUGACAUCCAUAUUAUACCUCAAUAUCUUGCCAACCGAAGUAUGGAUAUUGAUGUUCGAUUUACCCUGUCCUUCUCCAAGCACAAUGCAAGCUAUCUCUAUCCAUACUUUCAGCCUGAAGUCAUUGCUAUCACAAAAAUUAAAGAUUAUCUAUCAACGUUUGAGAAAAUCGCCCAGUUGUGGAGCAGAUCUGUUCUGAUCCUAUCGUUGCUGACGAUUUUAAUAACAUUUGGAGUUCUGGCUAUUUAUAAGCGACAGGGAUUUUCAAUGGCACUGUUGGAGAUCAUCCGACUCUUAACAUAUGCCUCCAUUCAAAAUAACUUUCAAACGACAGCAAUGAGAAUUUUCUUCAGCAAAAUUCUCAUAUUCAUGGUCAUCACCAACGGAGUCUUCCAGGGGCGCUUGGCAGCCUUUUUGACCAAACCUGAAGAGGGCUACAGCCCUGAUAAUUCCGAAGAUCUGAAGAAGUUCAAUUAUACGUUAUAUGGUAUUCAACAGAAUGUUGAUUAUCUCCGUUCACUAUUUCCGGACAAUCGUGUGGUACUUGUUAAGCAGAAAGAUUGCGUGGAGAAAGCACUUGGUUCAUUAUCUGGAGCUUGCGUUGGUACGAAAGCAAAGUAUUUGAACACGUAUUGGAUGAAGCCAAUUCAUAUCACGAGAGAGCCGGUGUUUGUAAAUUAUUGGAAUCAUCAGUGCCGUAAAGAUUGGCCUCUGAAGCAUCGGGUUGAUGCUGUACUGACACAGAUAAUGGAGUCGGGAUUAUUGGACCGCUGGGCAUUUCAUAGUAUAUCAACUGUACUGGAUAAAAAACGUGCUGAGGACGAGGAACGUGCUGCUACCAAGUAUAGUCCUGUUCAGCUGAAAGCAUUGGAUUUUUCAUUUGCAUUAUUGGCUUUGGGAUUAGUAUUAGCUACCAUCGUAUUGAUCAUUGAACUCUCGAUGAAAAAAGAAAAGAAUACUGAAAUUAGAGAGGAAAUUGAAUUUAGGAAUAUUUUUCCAAGACGGAGAACAACGAUUUGA